ACAUAGGAGAUUAUGCAAGUGUUGGUUGCGAACAUAAAUUAGUAGGAACAGAAAUAAGACAGGAAGCGUAUAUUAAUUUCAACUAAGUUCUACAUAGUCUUAAGGUCUAAUAGUGUAAUACCAAGAUAUCCUACUAAUAUUAUAAAUGCGAAAGUUUGUAUGGAUGUUUGGUACUCUUUAACGCCGCCAUUACUGCACCGAUUUGGCUGCCACGCGGACGUUGUCGCGGGCGUCCGCUAGUGUUAAAAUAGUAAUGAGUUCGAUCCCGGGUAUUUUUAAUAUAUUUUCAGUUUUGAGUUUUCUUUUUUCUUGUUUGUUUCUAUUGGUUUCUUUAAAAGUAAGUAAGUGUACCUUGAUGAAAAAAACAAUUCAAAGAAAAAUAUUGCUGCUGUUUUAGUUCUAAAAUAUUCCGUUUGCGGAAAGUAGCGCUGCUAUGUCCAACGUUUAUGUACCUUUACGUCCUCUCCGUGGAGUAUAUAUUCUUUGCUUGCCAGACAAGAGAAAUUAAUAAUCUGUGAUCUGUGAGCCAUACAAAAAAAAAAACGUAUCGGGAAGUGGGGAAGUUUUAUUUUGUUGAUUUACUCAAUAAAAAAUAAAAAUUAAAAAUAUGAAUUGUAUACCGAACAGUGAAUAUUAGGGACACUAAUUUAAGAAAGUCAAAGGUUUUUUGGUAAAGAAGAAGAAAAUAAAUACAAGCAAGUAAGUAAAAUACCAAAAUACUAGAGACAAAGACAAGAUAAUCUAUUUUUGUAGCUCUUCCAUGAACCAAAUUAUAUUUUCGAAGGAUCAAGAUAAAAACGAUUUUAAGAAAUGGAAGAUUUAGUGUUCGUCGGUGAUUGGAUUAAAGACAGACUUCUAGGAUCGGGAAGUUUCGGUACAGUCGUUCUGUGGAGGCACAAAAGUAACGAACAGAAACUCGCAAUCAAAGUUUGUAAAUGGGGCGAUGAACUCACCGCCAAACAUAGAGAACGAUGGACGAAAGAGGUGGAAAUGCUGCAGAGCUGCAACCACCCAAACAUAGUGGGUACCAAGGAGUUGCCACCGGAGUUCAAGACAGAACUAGCGCGCGCGAAUCCGUCCAAGCUACCCAUACUGUGCAUGGAGUUCUGCAGCGGAGGCGAUCUGAGGCAAGUGUUAAACAAGCCAGACUCUUGUGGGGGACUCAAAGAGGUACAAGUGCGAAAGAUAUUGAAAGAUCUGGGCAGUGCAAUGAAGUUCCUCCACAGCUACAAAAUAACUCAUCGUGAUCUCAAACCUGAAAAUGUAGUAUUGUGUGUUGGGCCUGGUGAACAAAAUGCAAAUAAUGUUACAUACAAAAUUAUAGACCUCGGUUAUGCCAAGGAAAUAGAUUCCAACUCAAUAUGUGCCAGUUUUGUUGGCACAUUACAAUAUCUGGCCCCAGAAUUGUUUUACAGCAAAACCUACAGCAAUUCUGUUGAUUUCUGGUCCUUUGGGUUGAUUGCUUUUGAAAUAAUUUGUGGCACCAGACCAUUCCUGCCAAAUAAAGCCCCCGUCGAAUGGAUGCCUGUUGUUAAAAAGAAGAGUCAUGAUGACAUUUGUGUGUAUGAAACAUUUCACAAUGAUAUCUGUCAUUCUAAAGAGAUUUUUCCUGAAAAUCACAUAUCUAAGCCAUUCAAAGCCCUAAUAGAAGAAUGGUUAAAAGUGGCAUUAGAGUAUGAUCCCAAAUUGAGAGGCAGAGAUGCUCCGUCUAAAGUCACUUUUGCUAUUCCACCUGAAGGAAAAACAACCACUUCAAGCAAUAUUAUAAUUUUCAAUCUUCUUGAAAAAAUUUUGUCCAAAAAGAUUAUAAAGGUUUUCUGUGUUACCACUCUAUCUCACAUUGCUUAUGAAAUUGACGAUUCCACAAAUAUAUUGGCAUUGAAAUCUUGGAUAACUAAAGACACUAACAUUGCUACAGAUGAUCAAGCAAUAAUAUCACAAAUGACUUACAUUGAUAUUAGUGAUGAAGAGCUUGUUAUUAAAUACUGGACUGAAACAAGUAAUGUAAUGCUGUUUGUAUAUAAUAAAAAACAAAUUAUAGAUGAUAAUUCAGCUCCAGUUGUUCCUAAAGCUGUUCAAAGAUGUCUUGAGCUACACAAAGGCUUGUAUAACUUCAAGAACAGUCAAACUUUGUACAGAAAUGCUUUCUACUUUGUGAUAUCACAAAUGGAUAUCUAUGAUGCCCUUAUCAAUGGUAUAUUCACUAGAGCUGAGUCUUUGAAACAAGACAGCAAACAGUUGCUUGUGAAACAUAACAGUACAGAUAAAAACCUAGGCAAGCUUCUUGCUAAAGUGGAAAUUGUGACAAAAAUGACUGAUUUAGGUAAAAAUCAUAUUGAGAGUUUGAAAGAAAACAGUGUUGGAACAAACUUCUUGGGUGGCUUCGGAAAAACUUUCAAAGACGCUGAUGAUAUUGUGGAAAAGACUCAAAAACUACAAACCGCAUGGUCCCAGCUAACUGUUAGACUACAAUCGGCAGCUAGACGUAGCAAUGAAGGUAUAUCAAAUGAACUUAACAGUUUUGUAGCUAAAUAUAACUAUCAAGGCAUGUUUACAAAUGCGUACAAAAUAUUUACUUCACACAGAAAAAGUGACUUCUACAAUGAGAAUAGAGAAAAAGAGAAGCAGUGUCCAGAAAUAGUGAAACUUUGUUAUGACUGUCUAAAACUCAGAAGUAAAGUUUUGCAGGAGCUGCUGCAUCAACCUUUUGUGUUGAAGCUCAAAGACUUAAGUACUGAGUUAUCUAAAAUCACUGACAUUAUAUCUAAAGCAGCAGACAAUUCUGACAGAUUAAGUAAUGAUUUAUCUGCAUUGAUUGAUGAAUUUAACAACUGUAUAUGGUCUACUAUCAGUGUAGUAGUGAGAGAUGCAGACAAUGUGGCAGAUCUGCCGUACAGUGUGGUUUCCUUUCAAAAACGGGACUUCAAAAUUGGAGAAUCUGUUACAAAUCAUUGUACACCAGUUGCAAAUGCAUUAAAAGAUGAUUCUAUCAAGUCCCUUAUAGCUGAAAGCUUGGUGUUACGGCAAAAUCAUGGUGAUCUAUGUGAUAAACUGGACACUCAAAAGAAACUACUCCAACAAUCUAUAUUUGAUUUUAGUUUUCUAAGUGAAUAAACCUACACAAAUCUCACUCUGUAUAUUAUAACAAAUUCUUUUCAUACUGUUGACUAAAGAAACAAUAAUUUAGUGGUUUGUGCAAAACUAAAAUAUAAUCAUUACUUAAUGAUAAUAAUCAAGUUUAUGGACUCUCUAUUCUCAGAUGUCAGUUAGGCUCAUCAAUCUCCUAUUAAAAAGUGGAUGCACAAUCAGCAACCAAAAAACCUCCCCACUCAAUGAGUGUCAAACAACUUCUUGGCACUCAAUUCAAGCAUUUGCAAAUUCAACCUUAAUCUCAAUCCUUAAGGUUGGUUUUGCUCUGAAUUUGGGAUUUUAUUAAAUAUUGGACUAUAUUUAAAGACCUUUAAGUGAAAUUUGCUUUACCAAUAAUUCUAAAACUGUCAAAGCAAAAUUUGCCAGUUUUUGAGUGAAAUUUUCUACAUGAUUAUGCAUCCUUUUUAACCGACUUCAAAAAGGAGGAGGUUCUCAAUUCGGUCGGGUUUUUUUUUAUUAUUAUAAGAGGUCAAUGCUAUAUAUCAUUAAUACACAGAAACAUGCUCUGACAUCUUACCAUCCAAAGCCAAAUGUAGUUUCUGGAAUAAAUUGAUUAUAAAUAUUUAACAUUCUCAAUUGUUAAGUUUGAUAUUAUGUGUUUAAGGUGGAAUUUAUAAAUUUUGAGCGUAUUAUUUGUUACAAUGUUCUUUGUUUAAUCGGUAGUGUGAAUCUUCUUUUUGCUUGCUUUUAUAUUAUGAGGAUCCUGUCAAGAGUACCAGAUAACUUCUGUAAUAAUGCAGCAUAUCAUUGAUUUUGUAAUUGACCAUAAACAUAAAGCUAUUAUUGUCAAAAAAUUUAACCCUGUUGUAAAAUAAUGCUUGAGUAGCUUAAUUUUAUGAAUGCUUACAAAUUUUGUCCACAUGGAAUGAUAUUUUUAAAUAUAUUAUAUUUAAAAUUAUCAUUCCAUUAUGCUUUUUAUCAGAUCACGAAAAAAACAAUGUAAUUUGUCCUUGUUUCAAGCCUAGCAUAAUCAACCAUUGAAAAUAGGUUGGAAAUUAGAUUUUAAGUAAAGCUUGGUCAAAGAAUCAGAUAGAAACAAACAUUGAUUGACUUUGUGGUCUGUGCUACCGCUUUCUUUUAAAAAAUUAAAAAUAUUUAAUACACUGAUUUGGUUUUUGAGAAUUUUAUUUAAAAUUAAUAAUAAUUCAAGUAAUCUAUUUAUAAUAAUUACAAGUGCCUUAUAUUGUGUAGACAAUAAUGAAAAGUAUUUAUAGUUUAGCUAAGUUAAAUUUGGGCUAAAAACUAACAUGUAGUUAAAUGGUGCUUACAAAAUGUACUAAAACAUAAGAAUAAUGUAUAUGUUAUCUACAAAAUAUAGUUUUGGUCUAGUCAGAGUACUAAUUUGAAAUUUUACACUGUAAUGAAUCAUUUUAGAUUUAUUUAGAAAUUAGAAGGAAAAGUGCAAUUUUAUUUUACUGUUUAUUUAGAACAUGUAUUUUUUUAGUAGUAAAUAAAGUUAUUUUAUUGUUAAA